CGCCUAUUGGGGAAGUCUUCUCCAAGGCUGAAGUAUAAUAACCUUAUUAACCGCUUUGCUGUGCAUCUUCAUUCUGUUCACGCUGAUUAUUUGUAACCGAGCACUGAAAUAAAGCGUACAGGAUGGUGCAGAAGAUCAAGGCCGGAUCUGUGGUCGAGCUGCAGGGAGAUGAGAUGACCAGAGUGAUCUGGGAGCUCAUUAAAGAGAAGCUCAUUUUCCCUUACCUGGAGUUAGACCUGCACAGCUAUGACCUGGGCAUCGAGAACCGCGAUGCCACUAACGACCAGGUGACCGUGGACGCUGCAGAGGCGGUGCGUCGCUACAGCGUGGGCAUCAAGUGCGCCACCAUCACGCCUGACGAGAAGCGCGUUGAGGAGUUUAACCUUAAGCAGAUGUGGCGCUCCCCUAACGGAACCAUCCGGAAUAUCCUGGGCGGCACCGUCUUCCGCGAAGCUAUCAUAUGCAAGAAUAUCCCACGCCUGGUGCCUGGCUGGAUCAAACCCAUCAUCAUUGGUAGGCACGCCCACGGGGACCAGUACAAAGCCACAGACUUUGUCGUUCCUGGACCUGGAAGACUCGAGAUGACGUACACACCCAAGGACGGGGGGAAGCCUCUUAACUUUGUUGUCCAUGAAUUUGAAGGCACGGGUGGCGUAGCCCUGGGCAUGUACAACACGGACAAGUCCAUCCGUGACUUCGCUCACAGCUCUUUUCAGAUGGCGCUGUCCAAAGCCUGGCCUCUCUACCUCAGCACCAAGAACACAAUCCUCAAGAAGUACGACGGUCGCUUUAAAGACAUCUUUCAGGAAAUCUAUGAGAAGGAGUACAAGUCUCAGUUCGAGGCUAAGGGGAUCUGGUAUGAGCACAGACUGAUUGAUGACAUGGUGGCCCAGGCCAUGAAGUCUGAAGGAGGAUUUAUCUGGGCUUGUAAGAACUACGACGGAGACGUGCAGUCUGACUCUGUGGCUCAGGGUUACGGUUCUCUGGGAAUGAUGACCAGUGUGCUGGUGUGUCCCGACGGACGCACGGUGGAGGCUGAAGCUGCUCACGGCACAGUCACGCGUCACUAUCGCCAACACCAGCAGGGCAAAGAGACGUCCACCAACCCUAUUGCCUCUAUUUUUGCCUGGACGCGAGGGCUGCUCCAUCGGGCCACUCUAGAUAAGAACACUGAGCUACAGGUCUUUGCUCAGGCUCUGGAAGCUGUCUGCGUUGAGACCAUUGAGGCCGGAUUCAUGACCAAAGAUCUGGCUAUCUGCAUCAAGGGCAUGGCCAGUGUGCAGCGCUCCGACUACCUGAACACCUUCGAGUUCCUGGACAAGCUGGCGGAGAAUCUGAAGCUCAAGCUGUCAGCCCAACCCAAACUAUAAAGCCGUCCUUUAUAGCCGACACCCCCUGGACACUACACACGCACACUUCUCUCACAGGACUCGGAAACAAGAGGACUGACACGCUCAGAUCUCAUCCCCUUGUCCAGAACCAAUGCACAGGCAAGGGUCAACCUUCUCUCCUGGUCUGUGCAUAAACGCACAGGACCAGACUGUACCACUACUACCAGAAGGGGCAGUUUUACUUGAACGUAAAAAAAAAAAAAAAUAGUAAAGUGUAUUUUUAGUACACUACCUAAGGAUAAUGUAGUCAAUAAAAUCUGACUACAAUAUCCUUAGGCAGUAAAGAAAGCAGAGCAUGUUCUGGCCAGGCUGUGUCAGGAUUGUCAAGCACUUGUUGCCUUAUAUGCGUGUGUGUACGUGUUUCUGUAUGUGUGGUGUCUUUUCAUAGUUUAUGUUAACAUCCAGCACUCAUCAAUAGUGAACUGAUCCUAAGAAGAUGCUUUUCCAUCAUGUUUUAUAGGUGUUUUUAAGUAGGUGAUAAUAUUAGUCUUCGACUAAUAAAGAAAUGGGACCACAAA